AUGACUACCUCUUUUGAUACAAGCUCCAUGCAGGACUCUCUCAACCUGCCAUUUCCUGCCACCACCAAGCAGGUUGCGGGGUUAGUCAAUGGCAUACAAACAGAUGUUGGGGUAAUGAACUUUAGCGAUAAAAUUAUGGUCACCAUCUCACAAGCAGGACGAUUAGGACACUGGUUGCACGUACCGAUGGAGAACCAGAACCCAGGCACCGAGGGCAUGCACACCCUCAGUGAGGGUGAUGAUGCUCUUUUGCCCCUUCAAAGUCUAACAACCACCACUUUACUAGGUGGUUAUGCUCCUGGGCAAGAUACGACGGGUCAACUACUUGCUCGUCAGAUUGCUACGGCUAUUGCAAUGAAAACACCUAGUGAAAAGAGACUACUCCUUGUUGGUCUUGGACUUGACAAAUCAACUGCUGAUAGAGAUUCAUUUUUCGCUAUCGUCGAUCUGGUUCUGCAAUGCCUAUGA